AUGCGUCCCAUAUCCCUAGCCCUCGCCGUCCUCACGGCAACAACCCCCGUCUCAGCCCUCAACCUCCUCCCACGCACCUGUCCCGCAGUCUGGACCGACGUCGCCGCCUCGUUCGAAAAACAACUAACCAGCUGCGGCAAAUUCGCCCACACCCUCAUCCGCCUCGCCUUCCACGACUGCAACUCCGGCUGCGACGGCAGCAUAAUUCUCACCGGUGAAUGCUCAUCCACUCAAAACCGCGGCUUAAAUGACACGUGCAACACCCUCCGCAGCAUGCGCACCCAAUUCAACGUCGGCGCAGCCGAUAUCAUCCAAUUCGGCGCCGCCCUCGCCAUCGCCGCCUGUCCGCUAGGCCCCCACGUGCAAGCCUUCGUGGGCCGCCCCGACAGCGCUACAGCCGCGCCCGUGGGAUCCCUCCCGCACAGCAGCGAUUCCCCCGAGAAGCUAAUUGCGGACUUCCGCGCCAUAGGUAUCUCAGCGCAGGAAAUGAUUGCGCUCUUAGGCACGCAUAGUGUGGCGGUGCAGCUGUUUGAUGAUCCGAAGCAGGCUGGGAAGGGGCUUGAUAGCACGCCCUCGACGUAUGAUACCUUGUAUUAUAAUCAGACCAAGUUUCGGACGGCUCCGUAUACGCUUCAGAGUGAUUUUGAGCUCGCGCAUUAUAAUGAGACUGCAGAUAUUUGGGACUCAUUCAUCAACUCUGCGGACUUGUGGAAUCAAGUUUUCGUCCCGGCGUGGUUUAAGAUGUCAACUGUGGGUGUAGACACGAGUAAUUUGCAGGAUUGCUCGGAUCUUGUUCCGGCUAGUAAGACGAAACGUGGUAGGAGCGUGGAUGGGGUGGCGAAGAAGUUUAGGGGGUGA